AAGCCACAUAAGCGAGCACUUGUGGCAUGUACCUUUAUUCUCUCAAUAAAAAAAAAAAGAAUACUUAACCUCAGUAUGCGGACUUGAAUCGAAAUAAUUUUCAAUAUUAUCAAUUUUUGUGGUACAUAAUAUUGUUUUUCUUUCAACCAAUUUGUAACGAGUCAUAUACACUUUGUAGUCGUUUCAAGUAUUAAUGACAAUGCUACAAUUUAGUGCAACACUAUACACCGCAACUGCUAGGCUCACACCUCGUUCAUCCUGGCAUUUUGCAGCCUUCAUAGCCAACAACUCCAGCACAGCAACCUCUAGUGAGCAACCUGUUGUUUCUGUGAAAGAAGAGAAUAAUGUUAAAUUCUCAGAAAUACAGAACAAUAUUUUACAGAAAGAAAAAGACCAAAAGUUUCAGAAAAUAGGAACUCAAACAAAGAUUUAUUCAUCAGAAAAGAAAUGGUUGAAUGAAAAUGAUAAAAUAUUUACCAAACAAUUUCAAGCUGCUACAUCUGUAAAUGACUUACUGGAUUUGGCAAUAAUACCAAAUCUGUCUACUGUUAAUGCGCUGAAACUUAUAUCAAGUAUAACUAAUCAGAUAAACAGUGGAAAAUCACACAUAGUCAAUGUGGAAGCUGAUGAAAGAUUUAUUCAUCUCAGAAAAAUAGUACAGUUUGGUGGUGAGACAAAAAAUAUAUCAUUGAGUGAUGAUCUUUCAAAGUAUUCUCAGCUAUCUACACCUGCAAUGAUUGCAGUAAUAGCAAAGUUAAGAGAACAAGGAAAGAGGCACACACCACUUUUAAGGUUGUUGUCAUACAACAUUGUCAAGUACAAUGUAAAGUUAAAUCUAAAACAAUGUGCAAGUCUUUUAUAUAGUAUGGCUGUACUUAAUUUUCCAGAUAUGAUUCUAUUGGGAAAAAUCGUAACCGAUUUAUUGGAAGGUAUACCAAAAAACACCAAAGCUGUUACAAAUAAAUCCAUAAUAACAUCAUUAGGAUUUUUACAUUACAAGAAUGAAAGAGUACUCGAUGCAUUUAGUGAUACUCUUUAUGCAGAAUCACUCAAUUACAAAUUUCAGGAUUACUCAUCAAUACUUCAGACGUUUGCAGCUCUACAAUACAAUACAGAAAAAUCGAGAUUGUUUAUCGAAAAAUUUGCGGAACUCGCAAACCAAUAUCAAACUGACUCAGUUGAAUGGUUAGAUAUUGUUUGGUCUUUAGCAGUUUUGGAUGCAGUGCAACCUUGCCAUGUAGAAUCUGUGUUGGAUCCUAAAUUUGUGGACAAUCUAAUCAUUUCUACCAAGCUAAGUGUGUCAAAGAAAUUAAAAUUAUUAAAUAUCAACGGUGUUGCACAGUUUAUACUGAAGGAUUAUAAAGGUCCUUUUUUAAAUACAGAUUUAGAAGUAUUUAAAAAUAUACCUUUAGUCAGAGCAAAGGAAAAGCAAAUGUAUAUAGAAGCAUUGUCGGAAGCACUAAAGAAGUUAUUGCCAUCUUCUUCUUACUUUGAAACAAAUCUGGAUACAAACAUGGGCUUUUUAUUAGAUGCAGAAUACCGUAUAGAUGAUCAAUAUAAACUUAUAAAAGUAGAAAAUUGGGACGAACAAUCUACUAAUGUAAAAAGGAUAGGAAUAAUGAUACACGAUUAUCACGAUUACUGUCGAGGACAAAACGAUCUCAUAGGAUCAGCAUAUUUAUAUACACAAUUGUUAAAAGCCAGAAGAUACAACCUCAUAACAAUUUCUUAUGAAAACUUCAGUAUACAAGACAAAAUUGACAAACAAGUUAAAUAUUUAAAAGAAUGUAUGAAUAGUGUGCAACAUGCAACAUCAACGUAAUCAUAUA